CGCUUCAUGGUUCCGCGGUUGCGGCGGAAGUGUGUGGUUGCCAUGUAAUAUCCUGAGCAGACGAGAGAGGAGCUAGAGGUGCGAGCAGUUGUUUGGAUAACAAGUUACGUUGCGAGAAUCUGGAGUUUUCCUCUCGUCACUUGACAGACUUGGGAUCAGUCCAUCGUGUUGAUAAGUGCCGUUCCAGUGGACCCUUGGCAGGAUGUCAGUGGCCGGGUUGAAGAAGCAGUUCUACAAGGCGAGCCAGCUUGUCAGUGAGAAAGUUGGUGGUGCCGAAGGUACAAAGCUAGAUGAAGAAUUCAAGGAAAUGGAAAAGAAAGUUGAUGUCACCAGCAAAGCUGUAGUUGAAGUUUUGACGAAGACCACAGAAUACCUGCAGCCAAAUCCAGCGUCUCGUGCCAAGCUGACAAUGUUGAACACCGUGUCCAAGAUACGAGGACAGGUGAAAAGCCCUGGCUACCCGCAACCUGAAGGUCUUCUGGGUGAAUCCAUGAUCAGGCAUGGACGAGAGUUGGGAGAUGACUCCACCUUUGGUGGUGCACUUUUGGAUGCCGGUGAGUCCAUGAAACGACUGGCUGAGGUGAAAGACUCCCUGGAUAUAGAAGUAAAACAAAACUUUAUUGAUCCACUGCAGAGUUUAUGUGACAAAGAUUUAAAGGAAAUACAGCACCAUCUGAAAAAGCUAGAAGGCAGGCGUUUGGAUUAUGACUACAAGAAAAAGCGCCAGGGAAAAAUUCCUGAUGAAGAGAUCAGACAGGCAAUGGAAAAAUUUGAAGAGUCCAAGGAAGUAGCAGAGACUAGCAUGUAUAAUUUGCUGGAAACAGAUAUUGAGCAAGUGAGCCAGCUUUCAGCUCUGGUGGAAGCUCAGCUUGAUUAUCAUCGACAGGCAGCUGAAAUCUUGGAGGAACUUGCUGAAAAGCUCAAAGCCAGGAUAAGAGAAGCAUCAUCAAGACCCAGGAGGGAGUACCAACCUAAACCAAAGCCAGCCUAUAAUGAUUAUGGAGAGAGUGAGCACUCCAAUGGUGGACUGUCUUACAGCUCCUCUUCUAAAUUACCAGUGUCAUCCUCUGUCCGAUCAGACAGGCCGAUCCGGACUCCCAGCACAAGGAGUAAUCCACCCUUAGACCAACCAUGCUGUAAGGCAUUGUAUGAUUUUGAUCCAGAGAAUGAAGGUGAGCUGGGCUUCAAAGAAGGGGACAUCAUCACCCUGACUAAUCAGAUUGAUGAAAACUGGUAUGAAGGCAUGCUCAAUGGCCAUUCGGGCUUCUUCCCCCUCAACUAUGUGGAUGUUCUGGUGCCACUACCUCACUGAGAGCAUCAUGUGACCUACCCGUUCAACUGCAUCACAGAUUGGAGGAGAGAGUGGAAGACUCUUCACAUUCCUUCUGAGUUUUAAUCGAAGACAAACACUAGUUAUGUUCUGCAGCCGAAAACCUUGCAGUGUUAACAAUGUGUGCAAUGAUCAGCAGUAAAGGUUUAAUGUAUCCAAA